CUCAACCCCCGUCCCUCGGGGCGGCCCCGCGGAGCGCCGCUCCCUCCUCCUCCUCCCCUUUAUUACCCUUUGUGUGCGUCUCCGCCUUCCUCCCCGCGCCCGGGGGGCCCUGAGAUCCUCGUUGGCGAUGGUGGUCGCUGAGGGCGUCAGUAUUGAAGAUUAUCUCAUUUACAGACAAGAUCUUUGAAAUCUGGUCCCUUCAGGCAGCAAAGGAAGAAGAGGCUUCAUCGCAACGAAACGGGCCAAGAAACACAAACACUUGAAGAAACAGCACUUCUCCAACUCUUCCCAAAAGUCCAGAGACCCACCAGAUCCUGGUGCAUUCCAUCCACCAGUCUUCCUGCUUGGAGGUAGAUGUCACGUGGGGAGCAGGAGUUCCUCAGAUGAGGGGUGGGGGAAGCCCAGGAGCCACCUCGAUGGACAUAGAGCACAACAGGACACUGUCUAAAGCCAAGCUCAAAGUGCACCAGGAGUUUUAAGGGAGCCUAAAAAUCCCCCAGCAAGACCAUGAGGAGCAAUGUAGCGUGGAAUGAACAAGCUGAACGGACCCACCUUCAAUCUGAGGCUUGAUGAGGAAAAAGGCUGCUUCACUGGAGCCAAGGAGUCAUGAAAGAAGCUCAAGAAGACAACUUGGACAGCGAGCAGAAGGCAAAGAGCAAGCAGAAAGGAUGUGGCCCAGCAAGGGGUGUUGUAACACCUGGAGGUGUCGGGUCUGACUCGUGCCUGUAGAAAAUGAGAGGAGCUGUCACGAAGUCCAAGUUCCCUGGGCCGGUCCUCGAGCUCGGAGCCACCCUAGGGAACUAAAAAACCCUCCUUUCCCCCCCCCCCAAAAAAACCCCUCCUCUCUGACAGGUAACCCAGGAUUGGUGAAUUAUGAUUUUCCCAAGUCGGAAGCACUAAUUUUUAUCCCUUAUAGCUCGUCCUUAUGAAUAGAUAAGGAGUUUAAACCUUGCAUAUUUAAUGUGGAUUUAUAAUGGGAGAGUGACUCGUUCCACCGAAAUGGCCCCUCGGAAGGACUUGGUUUCAAACUGAGCUGGAGCCUCCCGGUGCACUUUGUCCGGUGUGGGAUCAGCCGUUGCUGCAGGGCCUGCUCUGGGAGGCCAGGAUGACAUGUAGGAGGAGGAUAUCAGCCUGCUGUUGAUAUCUCUGGAGACUCCUGAGCCAGAAACGGGAAAAUGAACGGUGGGAAGGAGUGUGACGGAGGGGACACGGACGGAGGGCCACCGGCAGUGCAAGUUCCCGUGGGGUGGCAGCGGCGGGUGGACCAAAGUGGAGUUCUCUACAUCAGUCCCAGUGGGUCUUUAUUAUCCUGCUUGGAGCAGGUGAAGACUUACUUGCUGACUGAUGGAACGUGCAAGUGUGGCCUAGAAUGUCCUCUUGUUCUUCCCAAGGUGUUUAAUUUCGAUCCUGGAGCUGCUGUGAAGCAGAGAACUGCUGAAGAUGUCAAGGCAGAUGAAGAUGUCACCAAGCUAUGCAUCCACAAGAGGAAGAUCAUUGCUGUGGCUACACUGCACAAAAGCAUGGAAGCACCUCAUCCUUCCCUGGUCCUCACCAGCCCUGGGGGUGGAACAAGUGCGACUCCAGUAGUUCCCACUCGAGCAGCAACUCCGCGAUCGGCGAGGAACAAAGCGCACGAAGGAAUUACAAAUUCCGUGAUGCCGGAAUGUAAGACUCCUUUCAAGCUGAUGAUCGGGGCAUCCAAUGCCAUGGGGAGGCUGUACGUGCAGGAGAUGGCCGGGAGCCAGCAGCCAGAGCUCCAUCCUGUGUAUCCCAGGCAGAGGUUGGGGAGCAGCGAGCUGGGGCAGAAGUCUCCGUACCGGGGCAGCCACGGCGGGAUGCCCAGCCCGGCUUCCUCGGGAUCGCAGAUCUACGGCGACGGCUCCAUCUCUCCCAGGACUGACCCGCUGGGGAGCCCCGACGUCUUCACCAGGAGCAAUCCCGGUUUCCACGGGGCGCCCAACUCCAGCCCCAUCCACGCGAGCCGGACGCCGCUGUCGCCGCCGUCGGUGAUGCUGCACGGCUCGCCCAUCCAGUCAUCCUGCGCCAUGGCCGGCAGGACUAACAUACCUCUGUCCCCCACCCUCACCACCAAGAGCCCCGUCAUGAAGAAGCCCCUGUGCGGCUUUUCGGCGGGGAUGGAAAUGCCGCGAGCGAUGUUCCACCACAAACCCCCCCCGCAGGGCCCUCCCCCGCCUCCGCCGCCCCCUCCGCCGCCGGCCUGCGCCCUCCAGAAAAAGCCAUUGCCAUCCGAGAAGGAUCCCCUGGGCAUCCUGGACCCCAUUCCCAGCAAGCCGGCGAGCCAGAACCCCGUGAUCGUGCCCCCGUCCCCGUUCCACGCGAGCGCCCACUCUCAGGUACCCGUGAUGAAUGUAAGCAUGCCCCCCGCCGUCGUGCCCCUGCCCAGCAACCUGCCCCUGCCCACCGUCAAACCCGCCCACGCCAACCACGCCCCCCACGGCCAGAGGGUCCAGCACUCCGCCUCCACCUCCCUGUCCCCGUCGCCCGUCACCUCCCCGGUCCACAUGAUGGGCGCGGGCAUGGGCAGGAUCGAGGCCUCCCCCCAAAGGUCGCGCUCUUCCUCCACGUCGUCGGAUCACGGGAAUUUCCUGCUGCCCCCGCUCGGGCCGCAGCCGGCCUGCGGCGGCAUCAAGGUCCCUCCCAGGUCCCCGAGGUCGACCAUAGGCUCGCCCAGGCCGUCUAUGCCAUCCAGCCCUUCCACCAAGCACGAUGGACUCGGCCAGUACAAGGACAUCCCCAACCCGUUGAUUGCUGGAAUGAGUAAUGUACUGAACCCGCCCAACAAUGCAGUUUUUCCCGCUGCGUCGGCUGGAAGCGGUUCCCUGAAGAGUCAGCCUGGUUUGCUGGGAAUGCCUUUAAACCAGAUCUUGAACCAGCACAACGCUGCCUCUUUCCCAGCCAGCAGUUUACUGUCAGCAGCAGCCAAAGCACAGCUAGCAAAUCAAAACAAACUCGCUGGUACCAACAACAGCAGCAGUAGCAACUCUGGACCUGUUGCCGGCGGCGGCAACUCCGAAGGACACAGCACUUUAAAUUCCAUGUUCCCUCCUGCUGCCAACGUGCUCCUCCCCACCACGGAAGGGCAGAGCGGCCGAGCAGCACUGAGAGACAAGCUGAUGUCUCAGCAAAAGGAUCCUCUGAGGAAAAGAAAGCAGCCCCCCACCACGGUGCUGAGCCUGCUGAGACAGUCCCAGUUGGACAGUUCUGGGGUUUCCAAAGCCGGCUCCGAUCUGAUAAGGAAGCAGAGUCAAAGCUCCUUCCCCAUCAGCUCCAUGUCGCAGCUCCUGCAGUCCAUGAGCUGCCAGAGCUCCCACGUGAGCAGCAAUAGUUCCACGGGCUGUGGGAGCUCCGGCCCUGCCCUGCCCUGCUCUGGGAGCCAGAUGCAUUUCCCAGAGCCCGCCCUGAGCUCCGGAGGCCUCCAGACCCCGCUGGCGCCGGGGCUGCCCCUGCGAGGGGAGGGGCUGCACUGCCACGGCCCCGGCACCGCCUUCGGCCACGGCGCCAGCCCCGGCAGCACCAACCACCUGGCAGGGCUCAUCAGCCAGAUGCAGGCUGGGGGGAGCUGCGGGAUGCUCCCGCAGUCGGGAAUGGCUUUAGGAAACUCCUUGCACCAGAACCCACCUCAGGCGCGAAUCCAGGCGCCCUCGGCCCCGGUGAUCGCCAACAGCGUCGGCAGCAGCUGCAACCAGAGCAGCCCUGAAGCAGGGGGUUCGGGGCCGUCCUCGUCCAUCGCCAUCGCCGGCACCAGCCAACCUGCCAUCACCAAGACGACCUCUGUGCUGCAGGACGGCGUCAUCGUCACCACAGCGGCCGGGACCCCCCUCCAGCAGGGCCAGCUGCCCGUGGGCACCGAGUUCCCCUUCCCGGGUCCCGAGGCGCCUCUGCCCUUCGCGCAGAGCGGCGCUGCCGGCGGCAACCUGCCCCCCACCCUGCACCCCAACCUCCUCAGCUCCCUGCCUCUCUCUCUGCCCGUCAAUCAGCAGCAGCUCCUAAACCAGAACCUCUUAAACAUCCUGCAGCCUUCAGCGGGAGAAGGCAAGUCCGAGGUCAACCUCAACCCUUUAGGUUUCCUCAACCCGAAUGUAAACGCCGCGUUAGCUUUCCUCUCCGGUGACGUGGACGGGCAGGUGUUGCAGCCCGUGCACUUCCAGCUGCUGGCAGCCCUGCUCCAGAACCAAGCCCAAGCCGCUGCCAUGCUCCCCGUGCCAUCCUUCAACGUGACCAUCUCCGAUUUGCUGCAGCAGCAGAACCCCCCCGUGCCCUCGGUGGCGCAGCCGCCGGCCCCCCCCGAGCCCCUUCCCGACGGCUCCAGGGUGGAGACCCUCCUGCCCAACCCCAUUCCCGGCUUUCCGGGCGCCGACGCCGCUCCCAACCCCCUGCUCCUGCCCGCCGGCUCCGGGCCCUCGGCGCUCAUGGCCCUGAACCCCCAGCUGGUGGGGGGCGUCCUGAACUCCGCCGGCCACCCCGAGGUCUCCAUUGCCACCUCCUCCCAGGCCACCGCCACCACCACCACCACGUCCUCGGCGGUGGCAGCUCUGUCAGUGUCGGCGCUGGGGGGUGGCACGGCCGUGGUGUCCAUGGCAGAAACCUUGCUGAACAUAUCUAGCAGUGCUGGGAGCGCCCCCGGGCCAGCCAAGCUCAACAGUAACUCUGCGGUGCCACAGCUCCUUAACCCUCUGCUGGGGACGGGCCUGCUUGGUGACAUGUCAUCCCUCAACACUACUCUGAACAACCAUCAGCUGAGUCAUCUCCAGUCGCUCCUGAACAACAAUCAGAUGUUUCCUCCAAAUCAGCAGCAGCAGCAGCAGCAGCAGCAGCAGCAGCAGCAGCAGCAGCAGCAGCACCUUCUCCAGGGCUACCAGAACGUGCAGGGCUUUCAGGGCCAGCCCCAAAUCCCUGGCCCAGCCAACAACCCCAACCCCAUGGCGUGUCUGUUCCAGAAUUUCCAGGUGAGGAUGCAGGAGGACGCCGCGGUCCUGAACAAGAGGAUGAUCCCGCAGAUGGGAAUGGCGCCGGUUCCCGAGAGCUCCGGCGCGAUGCUCCCUCCCUUCCCGGAGCCCUCCUGUGAGCUGCAGCCCCGGGCAGAGCCCCCCCUGGGGCAGCAGCCCAAGGACACCGUGCCCGUGGGCGGCCCGGGGGACCCCUCGGUGGACGCCAUCUACAAGGCGGUGGUGGACGCGGCCAGCAAGGGGAUGCAGGUGGUGAUCACCACGGCCGUGAGCAGCACCACCCAGAUGAGCCCUAUCCCAGCCCUGAGUGCCAUGAGUGCCUUCACAGCCUCCAUCGGGGACCCCCUGAACCUCUCCAGCGCCGUCAGCGCCGUCAUCCACGGCCGCGGCAUGGCCGUGCCCGAGCACGAGGGCAGGGCCCGGAGCGCCCGCGCCGCGCGCGGCCCCAAGAACGCCGAGCACGGCAAGAACCCCGCCGAGGGCGAGGCCUACGAGUACUACAAGGCAGCCAGCUGUAACACCCCCAAAAAACAGUGGGAAGGGGAGCAGAGCCCGGUGGGCGAGAUAAGCAGGUGGAAGUGCGAGGAGUUCCUGGAGCACUCCCACCUCCACGGCAGCCCCUGCCACGAGAGGCCCAACAACGCCUCGGCCCUGCCCCUGCUGCCCGCCGAGCAGCACCAGCCCCUGGCGCCGCAGAGGAACUGCCAGGGCGACAAGGCGCUGGAGGAGAACUUCAGGUAUAACAAUUACAAAAGAACUCUGCUGAGCUUCAAGGACAGACUGGAGAACACUGUGGAACGCUGUGCACACAUCAACGGGAACAGGCCGCAGCAGGGCAGGGCCUUCGGGGACCUGCUGAGCGCUUCCAAACACGACCUGGGUCUGGAAGAGCAAUCUCCCAGCUCCUCCAAUAGCUUGGAGAGCUCCCUGGUGAAAGACUACAUCCAUUACAAUGGAGAUUUUAAUGCCAAAAGCAUUAACGGGUGCGUGCCCAGCCCCUCGGAUGCUAAAAGCAUCAGCAGCGAGGAGGACCUGAGGAACCCCGACUCGCCUUCCUCCCACGAGCUCCUCCACUACAGGCCAAGGACGUUCAACGUGGGCGACUUGGUCUGGGGCCAGAUCAAAGGACUCACUUCAUGGCCUGGCAAACUGGUGAGGGAGGAAGAAGUUCACAAUUCAUGUCAGCAGAACGCUGAGGAGGGGAAGGUGGAGCCAGAGAAGCUGAAGACACUAACAGAGGGGCUGGAGGCCUUCAGCCGAGCCAGGAAAAGGAACAGGAAGAGUGGAAAGCUAAAUAACCAUUUAGAAGCUGCUAUACACGAGGCCAUGAGUGAACUAGACAAAAUGUCUGGGAAUGUCCACCAAAUCCCGCAGGGAGACAGACAAGUGAAGCCUCCAAAACUCAAGAGGAGGAAGAUCUCCAGAUAACAUUGAAUGUCUUUGUUACUGGUCCAGUGCUUGUGGAAGUGAACACUGAGUCCAUCUGUAGGUAUUGCUCUAGGCUGGUGCAUCGCUAUUUAUGUGGGGACAGCUCGAUGCCAGCGGGGCACACGCCGGGCAGUGGGACAAGAUUUGGGAUGAUCAGGAGGGAUAGAAGUUGCUGGAGGAGCCAAUCAGAAAUCUGGAAUGGUUGCAGUAACAAUGUCAGAUGAUUACUGAAAGAAAAAAAAUUUUUUUUUUUCUAUGAUACUAAAAAUUGUGAUUAUAAGAAAUAGUCCAAAUGUUUCUGAGAAAUUUUCCUUGUGUAUAUAGAUAAUACAGAAUUUCCUGGUGAUAUCUGAACUGUAAAUAUUGUACAAUAUUGUCAUGUACAAGCGUACCUAAUGCACACUUUAUCUUUUAUUGUACAAAAAAUAGUGUACAAAAUUCUUUGGUUUCUAUUGAGUACACAUACAAGAGACUACCAGUGUAAAGUGAUAAAUAAAAAUACAGCCUAAAUGCUUUUAUAUGAUAAUGUAAAAGAUGCUGUUUUUGUAUUUAACAGCAGAGAGAAGGCAUGAUUAUGUAAUACCUUAAUUCUGACAUCCCCUUCACGCCACUGAGUGUUCAUGGAUCCUGUCUGUUUGGAGUGAACCGUGCCUGGAAGUGCUGUGCUCCACGCAGGUCCCUGCAGGAGAGCGCAGAUUCCUCCUGGGAUGUGGGAUCACAGCUCUGAUGGAGAAUCCCGAGGCUGCAGCCAUCGGUUGCGUUUGGUUUCCGUAGCUUUUCCAGUAGGAUGCUGUAGGUUUGGCUGAGGAGGAGGAAGGAGCAGUAGGAGGCUGUUUUAGUCAAGCAUUUCCAUAGGUGAGGUCUCAGAGCCGCCUGAGGAACCAAGCGGUCGAUACCCCCGGGAACAUUGACCCCCUAGAUCGUUAAUUAGCUGAAAGUCUCUAACUUCAUUAACCCUGCAGGGGGGCAGAGGCCCUGCUUGGAGGAGGGAGCAGUGCUGAGUGCAGUUGGUUUGGCAGCAGCAGGGAAGGGCAGUGCUCUGGAAAAGGCAAUCCCGGCAUCCCUCCCUCAGAAUUACAGCACCAAGAGAAGUUAAGGGUGGCUUAACAAAACUUAUUAGCAGCGGUGAUUUUUAUCAGUAUUAUGUAACAUAUCAGAUUUAUUUUAUUUAAAAAGAAUUAUUUAUACCAUUAACAGAUUCUUAUAUAUAUUAAUGUGGCUGAAAUGCGCAGGUUAAGUCUAUUAACCAAAUUAUUUAUGUUAUAUUAAGUGAGAAAUGUGAAACAUAUGUAGAAAAGAAGAAGAAAUUAAUACACUACAGAUUUAAAAGUCUAAAGCUAUGAGCCAUUAUAAACUCAACCAACGGGAGUGUAGCACAACAUUCUUUCCAUCGGCUUUCAUUUUUCUUUUUCCCCACGGAUGGUGGGGGUGGUGAGGGGGCUCCCUGGGAUAGUUCAGCUCCCCAUUCCCAGUCCCGGGGUGGAGUCCUCCAUCCGGGAUCACCACUUACCUCAGAUUCCUGUCCCCCGGAUUCCCAGUGUCGCUCUCAGUGAGGACUGAUCGGCCCCCUGGGGUCUCCAGGGCUCCAGGAUCCCACUUCCUUGCUCCUGCCCCAGGUCCCACAGGGAGUGUCGCAGGAAUGCCCCCGAGAUGAGGAUUCCCCGGGCUGGGCUCCCGCUUUCCCGGGCACGCAGCACCUACCUCUGGGCUCCUCUGGGCUCGGCCCUGCUCCGUUGGGUUCCCAUUCCCGCCCUUUUGGGGUGCAGUUUUCCCGUUUUUCCGUCCCGCGUCGCUCCGGUUGCCAGUGUCCCUUGGGCGUGUCCGUGGCUGGCUGAGCCCCUGCUGCCUGCCAUCCCAUCCCAUCCAUCCAUCCAUCCAUCCACCCAUCCAUCCAUCCACCCAUCCAUCCAUCCACCCAUCCAUCCACCCAUCCCAUCCAUCCAUCCAUCCACCCAUCCAUCCACCCAUCCACCCAUCCAUCCAUGCAUCCACCCAUCCAUCCACCCAUCCAUCCACCCAUCCAUCCACCCAUCCAUCCACCCAUCCCAUCCCAUCCAUCCAUCCACCCAUCCAUCCACCCAUCCAUCCACCCAUCCACCCAUCCAUCCACCCAUCCAUCCACCCAUCCACCCAUCCAUCCAUCCAUCCACCCAUCCAUCCAUCCAUCCAUCCACCCAUCCAUCCAUCCCAGAGCUCCUGGCAGUGUUUCGGUGUGUGCUUCCCGGUGUUUCCCUCCCGGUCCGCAGCUCCCGGUCGGGGUUUCCGUGCCCCGCUCCCCGUGUCCCUGAGGGCAGUGCCGGGGUAGGAGUCGUUUGCUCUCAGCCCACACCGCUUUUUUCCUCCUCUCUUGCCGAGUGUUGCUGGUUCCGUGUCAGCAGUUCCUGUGAAUGUUGUGAGCGUUGCAGGUCGUGCAGUUGUUGGAACAUUUUCAAACAAAUGUUGCACCGGCUUUCCGAUUAAACAAACUGGUCACUCGUACUUGAAUUUUGCCCAUAGAGCCAUUUCUUUCUCUUUGCAUUAAAGCAUAAUCUACUUUUUUGAUGGAGGCCCAACCCUUCUCUUUCUACCUUAUUAUUUUUUUGUUUAAGAAAUAUCUCUAUUUUUUCUAAUAGAAGACUUAAAAAAAAAAAAAAAAGGAAAAUUUAAAAAAAAAAUACUUUUUGCCUACUUUCUAAUUUAAGAGAGAAUUCCUAUAUUUAAAAGGUGGAGGGGGGAAAAAAAAAAAGGAAAAAAAAAAAGAAAAAAUACUCCAUUGUGGCAAGUGGAACACCACUUUAUCUGUCAUUAAUAUGGCACAGUCACCCCAGAGUGAAGUGGCUGAGGAGCCCACGGCGUCGGUCAGGACCUCGGUAGAUUUGUAGGGAACGACGUGAUUCCUCGAGGAUGUAAAAGUGUUACGUAUUCUUGUCUAUUUAUUUAUUUAUUUAUUAUGCUUUCUUUUUGCUGAGUGGGUGACAAUGUGGUUGAGUCAUUCAGGUGACGUUCCAAUUAAAGGAAAUGAUUCCUCUUUCUGUUAUGGUGCGUUUUGUGAACACCAUAAACGGAACAACAGCGAAAACCUUGUCACUUAGUCCAGUGGGUUUUCUUCACGUUCUGACAGGAAACCUUUGGCUGGUGUCAGCUGCAAAGAUAAAAUCCACAUCGUUGGAAAAUUAAAAAACAAAAAAAAAAGGCAAAAAACAGGAAAAAAAAAAAAAAAAAACAAACCCACCCCACCUCUGAUGUCCCGGGUCUGUUUUCCUCACAGUCAAAGGUUUUAGGGGUUAAAAGGAACUUAAAACUCAAAGGUCUUUCCUCGAUCAGCUUUGCAGGAGGUUUCUAAGUGAUGUGAUAUCCCUUUGGAGUCCCUGAGUUUGAUGGUCUAGAGAUGUUAGAGGGCUCGUGGUGGACUGAAUUACCUUAGGACUGGUACCUUUCUUAGCUACAGUUUGUAUUUUGCUAUGUAGGGUUGUAAUGUGAGAAUUCCAGAAGAGCCGUAGCAUAAAAGUGCUUUUCUAUUUUUAAAAAAAAAAGAAAAAAAAAAAGAAAGAAAGAAAAAAAAAACAACAAACAAACGAACCCAUUCUAGUCUUACUAAGAAUUAGAGGAUUUUUUUAAUAUCAGUUUUGUAAUUUUUUGAUAAAGUUGUCAAUAUUAUGAUUAAAUCACCAGAAAAAACAGUUCCUGUGCUGUUCUCUUCGGGGCAGGGGCUCCGUGUUCCGGUGGCUCCGUGGGAUGCCCGGCCUUAAACAGGGCCCCUCUGUCAGCUGAAAUAGCAACCAGCAGUGCUGAGGGCCAUUUAGGGGCCAGGAGAACCCCCAGCCAACGCUGAGCAUCCCAGAGCUGGGCAUUUCCAGGGCGCUCCUGGCGGCGGCGGCGGCGUCCGACGGGUAAGUGGAGGUGGCUGCGGAAGGUCCCGCUCGCUCGACAUCCCAGGAACAGAUCCACCCCCAUCCCACCCCUCGCUCUGCUCCUCCCACCACGCCAAACUCAACAUCCAAACCCCAAAAUCCCCAAACACACCAGCAGGGUGGUUUGCUUCCAUAUUUAUUCCCUGCGAGGAAUUCCCCCUCAGUUCGCUCCGGGGGCAAAUCGAUGCUGCAAAAACACUCGGAGGCUUUAAAAAAGUCCUACCAAAACUAAAUUUCUCAGCUGACCAGCUGAGGGGUUUCCACGCACCUCCCAGGCCAGCCCACCAAGCAUUUCUGCCCCACUCCUGGUGCCUCUGGUUAUCCUUGUGCUCCCCAGAAAUUCCCACCAGCCAUCUCUGGUUUCACCUGGACUGGCGAUCCCUUACAUUUGCUUUGCAUUUGGAAGCCCAGAAAGCAGUGGGAAGUCAUUUCCCCAGGGCUCAUUUCUCUGUGCCAGGUUUUACAGUUGAUCCCUUGGCUGCCAACAACACUUUAAAAGCAAUUUUUGUUUUUGCUUUAAAAAAAAAUAAA